UAGGCUCGGUGCCCCAAAUAAUACAAUUAGACUUAUUUUCUUGUUAAUUUUUUCUAUGUAAGGCUUUCAUGAUAUUUUAUCAUAAUUUAUGCAUCUUGUUGCUAACUGUAAGUACCUAGGUAGGCACUAGGAAAUAUUUUUUUUACGAUAAUUAUCAUUUAUUUUUCCUGUAUUCUCUUAAGCCUCGAUUAAUCAUAAAAUAAUAUCUUGACCCAGAGGAUUAUAUAAUGAUCAGUAACAAAAUUAAUCUCUAAACAAGUGCUAACAUAUUUCUGUGUUGAUAAGAUUCAAGUGUUUGUUGUCUUUUCAAGUACUACCAUCACGAAUAUAUAAAUAAAAACUUGUCGUUUUAAAUCUCCAGUUGCCUUCCAAAAGAAUGAUGGAGUUGCUAAGGUUGCUCGUGUUAGGAAUGGCCCUUUGGGCUACAACUGCUGUAGCAGACACAAAUCUCGAUAUUCCGUUUCCUUAUAAUUGCUCAACCAAGACUACUUGCUCGAGCCUUAGAUUAAAACUUCCCAACGAAAACGAAGAAUUCAACGCUCAACUAGUUAACUCUUCUGCAAACAACAAUUCUACAUUAUUGUUCGAUUUGACCAAUAAACGCGGAAACAAAUUGGCUCUGAGCAUCAGUGCAAUUGAAGGCAAAAGAUUCCGUGUCAUUGUCGAAGAACACGAUGAACAUAGAUAUAAAUUGGAACAUUCUUUGGAAAAGGAACCCAAUCUUGUAAAAUUGACCAUUGUGGAGACUUCAAACAUUUCUGUAACAGCUCAAACCGAAUCUGGAAGCAAAAUAAUCGUAAAAACCACCCCUUUGUCAAUCGAAUUUUACCAAGACAACGCUUUAACCAGCAUUUUCGAAGGAAACAGAAUUAUUUUCGAAGAUACUGAAGAAAGCGAAGCCUUCACUUUUUCGGUACAAUUCCCCAAUGCCAAUCGUUUGAUGGGCCUCCACGAGCAUGCUGACAAUUUAAAGCUCAGACAUACGGCUGAUUUCAGCAUCGAUCCUUACAGGCUCAGAAAUACCGAUUACGGUACCACCGAGUACUCUCUCAACACUACCAAAUCGAUGUACGGUUCGAUUCCUGUUAUUUAUGGAUUUGGCAAUAAAACCUCUUCCGGUAUUUUCCAUCACAACGCAGCAGAACAGUGGAUUGACAUCAACAAUAAUAGACAUUCUGCUUAUUUUAUGGUUGAUGGUGGCAGACUUGAUCUUUUUGUUUUGCUAGGACCUUCACUUCCUGAAACUGUAAGGCAAUACGUUGACCUUACUGGAAAACCUCAUUUGCCUCAACUUUGGGCAUUAGGAUACCAUCAAUGCAGAUGGGCCUACAACACAACAGGAGACGUAAUGGACACAAUUGGUAAUUUUGACACUUACGAUUUCCCUUUGGAUGUUUUAUGGUUGGACAUUGAAUACACCUCAGAGCGUAAAUGGUUUACCUGGAACGCAAGCUCUUUCCCAGAUCCUGUAAAACUAUUAAACUGGGUGGACGCCCAAGGGCAUCGUAAAUUAGUACCAAUUUCCGACCCUCAUAUCAAAAUCGAUCCCGCCUACAAAGUCUACAAUGAUCUUUUGAAUGGUGGUUGGUUUGUAAAUAACUCAGACGGUUUAUCUCCGUUUGUUGGAGAAUGUUGGCCUGGCAAUUCGAGUUGGGUUGAUUACCUGAACCCAGAAGCUAGAGACUACUAUGCACAAUUGCACUUGUACGAAAACUUCCCUUCAACUUCAGCUCUAGGUGGUUACUGGAACGAUAUGAACGAACCUACUUUAUUCGAUAAUUUGUACGAAAGAACUUUCCCAUUCGAUCUUGUCCACCAUGGCGGAGUCAAACAUAGAGACGUGCAUAAUAUUUACGGAAUGCUUCAAACCAUGUCCACCCACAAAGGAUUAAUGACCCGUGAUAAUGGUACUUUGAGACCAUUUAUAUUGUCUCGUGCCUAUUUUGCUGGAUCUCAAAGGUACGCCAACAAAUGGAGCGGCGAUAACUGGGGCGAUUUCGAAGACUUACGCUACAGCGUUCCGAUGGCUUUGACUUCGAAUUUAGUCGGUUUGCCUUUUUAUGGUGCCGAUAUUCCUGGUUUCUUUGGUACCGCCACCGAAGAACUUCUUGUUAGAUGGUACCAGAUUGGUAUUUGGUUGCCAUUCUUUAGAGCUCACGCUGCUCAAGGUUCGCCACGUCGUGAACCAUUCAGAUUUGGUAACAAAACUCAAGCCAUUUUAAGAAAAAACAUGCAACUCCGUUACAAGCAUCUUCCUUAUUGGUACACUUUGUUCUACGAAAAUACUGUUACUGGUGAUCCGAUUUUGCGCCCGCUUUUGUACCAGUAUCCCGAAGAUCCUGUUGGUUACGAUUUAGAUGAUGAAUUUUUGAUUGGUACUGAUAUUUUGACUACAUCAGUAUAUGAAUCCAAUGCCACGUCUGUUCGAAUUUAUUUCCCUGGACAAUCCGACAAGUGGGUUUUGAUUAAUGGAAAUUCUACGCACCUCUACAAUGGAGGCACUUGGGCUAAUAUUCCCAUUGAUAUCACUUUUACUCCAGCAUUUUACAGGGCAGGUAGCAUCAUUCCUAGAAAACCAAGGGUACUAAGAUCCACCGCCGAUAUUAAAAAUGAUCCUUUGGAACUUCACAUUGUAUUGGAUGACCACCAAAAAGCAAAAGGCAGAUUGUAUUCGGACGAUUUUGAAAGUUUUAAAUAUCAAAAUGAAAAGGAAUAUUUGUACUAUUCUCUUGCUUAUGAUGAUGCUACUUCGACUUUGACCAGCUCCCCUAUUGAUACUGACAACAGUCCGGGAAAUCUUACAGUACAAAUCGAUAGGGUUGUAAUCUACACUUCGGAUAAUGCCGAUCAAAUGACCGUAAGGAAAGUAGAAAUAGACAACACUGGGAAGAAGCUGAACACCAUCAAUUUUAUAAAUAGUUCAAUUAAAUUGUAGAUAUAAAUAAAUGUAUUAUUAAGUGUGAUUUGAA